GCGCAUGUCGACGUUGCUAACAACUCGCUCAGCCCUCUCUCGGCGUGCGUGUGUGUGAGACAGCGGCGGUGCUGUGGCUGCAGGUUGAGCUGCUUCUUUUCCUAACCGACCUGGAAAACUGGAAACAUGCUGUCCUUAGCUGUGAGACAACUGGCCCGGCCACUGUGCCAGCGCACCCCGGCUCGCAUCUGCAUACGCGGGCAACAGUCCCACGCCGCCAGCCGUGCGGCGGACGAAGAGCGGCUGUGGACGGGCCAGGAAAGUCUGGCUCAGGAUGACCCGGAGAUGUGGGACCUGCUGUUGAAGGAGAAAGACCGGCAGUGUCGUGGCUUGGAGCUAAUUGCAUCAGAGAAUUUCUGCAGCCGAGCGGCUCUGGAGGCUCAAGGCUCCUGUCUGAACAACAAAUACUCCGAAGGCUACCCCGGGAGAAGAUAUUACGGCGGAGCGGAAGUGGUGGAUCAAAUCGAGCUCCUGUGCCAAAAGCGAUCCCUGGAUGCCUUUGACUUGGACCCGGCCAAGUGGGGCGUCAAUGUCCAGCCUUACUCGGGCUCCCCCGCCAACUUUGCCGUCUACACCGCCGUGCUCAACCCCCAUGACCGUAUCAUGGGCCUAGACCUUCCAGACGGAGGACAUCUGACCCAUGGCUAUAUGUCAGAUGUGAAGAGGAUUUCAGCCACCUCCAUCUAUUUUGAGUCCAUGCCCUACAAACUCAAUCCUGCGACAGGACUCAUCGACUACGACCAGAUGGAGCUGACGGCCAAGCUGUUCAGGCCCCGUCUCAUCAUCGCCGGCACCAGCGCCUACGCCCGCCUCAUUGACUACGCUCGCAUCAAGAAGCUGUGCGCUGACAUCAAGGCCUACAUGCUGGCUGACAUGGCUCACAUCAGCGGCCUGGUGGCAGCCAAAGCCAUCCCGUCUCCAUUCGAGCACGCUGACCUGGUCACAUCCACCACUCACAAGUCCCUCCGAGGAGCCAGAGCGGGUCUCAUCUUCUACCGCAAGGGCGUUCGCUCCGUGGACAAGAAGGGCAAGGAGAUCAUGUACGACCUGGAGGACAAGAUCAACUUCUCGGUCUUCCCCUCACUGCAGGGUGGUCCUCACAACCACGCCAUCGCUGGUGUCGCUGUGGCACUCCGACAGGCUCAGUCUCCUAUGUUUAAGGAGUAUAUUGCCCAGGUUAUCAAGAACUCCAAGGCCAUGGCUAACACGCUGCUCAGCAAAGGCUACACCCUGGUAUCAGGGGGGACCGACAACCACCUGGUUCUGGUGGAUCUGCGGCCCAAGGGCAUCGACGGCGCCAGGGCCGAAAGGGUGCUGGAGCUGGUCUCCAUCACGGCCAACAAGAACACCUGCCCUGGCGACAAGAGCGCCCUGACCCCUGGAGGCCUCAGGCUUGGCGCUCCAGCUCUGACCUCCAGGCAGUUCAAAGAAGCCGACUUUGUGCGGGUCGUGCAACUCAUGGACGAGGGCUUCCAGAUCGCCUUGGACGUGAAGAAAAAGACAGGAAAGCUCCAGGACUUUAAAAACUUCCUCCUGGAGGACCCCGAGACGGUGGCCCGUAUCGCCGAGCUACGCCGUCGCGUGGAAGAGUUCGCCAGGCCUUUCCCCAUGCCGGGCUUCCACGACCAUUAGAGAGAAUGCCAGUCUUGUUAAGAAAAAAAAAAAAAAAAAAAAAAAAAGGCCUCGUAUUGAGGUUUAACAAUGAAAAUUGCCAGAUUUUAUAGAAGAGAACAUAUUUUCUAUUAUACGUUUAAAAGAUUGUUCACUAUUCCUCACAGUUGCCAGUGCUCAUUGAGAUACACUCUACAGUCUUAAUGUUGUAAAGCAGCUUUACCAGUGUCACUCAUUUAGACCAGUGUUCCCUGACCUUUGAGUCAAGGCACAUAUUUUACAUUUGGAAAAAAAUCUCAGCACACAACCCAACAAAGAUUUCCCCAAAAAAUGGAUACACAGGAUAAUUAUUAGGCAUGGGCCGGUGCCAGAUUCUGAUGGUAUGAUAAUCGUGAGCAAAAUUAUUGCGGUAUCGCAAUUAAAGCUCUAAAAUGUUUUAUUUUGAAUGUUUGGAUAAAUACCCCCAGUUCAACAUGCUCUGUCGGUACAUAGGAAGGUAAAACGAAAAUAAACUAUUGCAUUUUUCUAAAUAAAAUAAAAUGCACUAUAACAGUACUUAUUUCUCAGCUCUUCUCUACUUUGUGAAGUAACUUCAGAGCAGAAACUUACUGAUAUUAGCCAUGCUAGUUAUCUGCCUCGGUAGCAAGUCGUUUGUAUUUAUUUCACCAAUUGUAAACAGACACCCUAACUCUUCUAGCAGGUUGUAAAUGUUCAUUUUAGGACAGUGUUACAGUAAUGUAUUACCAUUACCUCAUACCACAAAGAGAGAGAUUUAGCAGUUUUGAAACCGUGAUUUUUAUUUAUUUUUUAUUUUUUUUUCUCUCUUCUCUCUCCUCCCCAGUAUACCUUGAAACCGGUAACCGGCCCAUGUUACUGGUAUAGAUAGUCGAACAAAGAUGCAAUAUUUGUAGUAAAUAAAUCAUUUUCAGACCAAAGUAAAACUGAAUCAUUUCCCGCAGCACACUUGCUCAUAUCUCAUGGCGCACUGGUUGGAAGUCACUGAUUUCGAUAACUUUUUGUUUUACGAGGCCCCUUAAAUAGACAAGAGUUAUUAAACGGUAAGCGCCUUUCACAUCCACGUUUGUGCAUCUCGUGUCCCACUACGGAAUAUCGUUUGCGUGUUCUCCCCUUGCCUGGAUUUUCUGCAGGUACUCCAGCCUACUCCCACAUUCCAAAAACAUGCUUGUUCGCUUCACCACAGACUCUUAUCGUCUAUGUGGCCUGUGAGUGGCGACCAGUCCAAAGGUGUAACCCGCUUCUCUCGCCAAAAGACAGCAGUUCCAACUCACCCACUACCCUAAUGAGGACUAGUGCUAUUGCAAUGGAUGGAUGGGAAAACAAACUGACAUAAAAGCACAGAAUAACACACAAUUUCUUUUUUAUAAUAACAAAUCUAUUUCAAAUAAAUGUCGCUUCUUUUUUGGGGGGGUUCACAGACCGCCAUAAUCACUGCAUCAGUGAUCAAUUCCGGUCUGUCUUCCUUUGCACGGCAUUUCUUGGAGUACACUUUGCCAAAAUAAAAGUGUUUUAUCGCCUAUGUUGUUUCAACUGAAAACGGAUAGUUUGAUAUAACACUAAUGAAGUCUGAAUAAAAUUCGUCAUUCAAAAGGAAA